AAGCUUACAGGUGAAAAGGUGAAAAGUAAACAAAAUAAAACUUAAAUUACUUUUUUACCAUUAUAAAACCACUACACAACAUCGUUGUUUUGAUAAUGACUGAUAUUAACAAAUACCUUGAAAAUCAAUUAGCUCUUGCUAAACAUAGAAAGCAUAAUAAAAGUAAUAAAGUUUCAAAGAAAAGUCAAGACGCCGCGGAAAACAUUUCAAAGAAACAAAACAAAAACUUUCAGAAUGUUAGAAAGAAUAAGAUUAAUUCCGGGGGAGCUGAAAACUCAAGGAGUCCUACUGAGUGCGAUACAGAUGAUGGUGAUUCCGAUUAUGUACUGUCUAGUGACGACGAUUGUAAAACAGGCCCAACUUCCCCUUUCUCUGUUCGUACCAAGAAAAACAUGAAAAAAAUCGUAGAUGAUGGUAAUAAACAUAUUUUUAAUCAGCGUAUCACUAAAUGGAAAGAAAAUAUUAAAAAUGCGCUUUCAGGAUCAAUUGAUUUAAGUAAUGUAGAUUAUUACACAGCAGAUUUACAAUAUGUACUAGAUGGAAAUACUGAUGUAGAAGACAGUCACGAACUACAGAAUGGUCUUUAUAUACCUCAAUAUAUUUGGAAGCAAUUGUAUAAAUAUCAGAAGACUGGUGUUAAAUGGUUGUGGGAGUUACAUCAAGUUGAAGGUGGAGGUUUAUUAGGAGAUGAGAUGGGUCUGGGGAAAACAGUACAAAUAAUUGCAUUUCUGGCUGGUCUUGCCAAGUAUAACAGCGGCCCAUGGGUAGGACUAGGACCAACAAUCAUUGUGGCCCCAGCAACGGUUAUAUAUCAAUGGGUAUCCCAUUUUCACUUCUGGUGCCCUAACCUAAGAAUUGCCGUAUUGCAUCACUCUGGCUCGCACAAUGGGAAUCACAAUCAACUAUUGAGAGAUGUUCAAGCAUCACAUGGAAUAUUGUUAAUCACCUAUGAGGGUAUAGUUAAAUACAGCAAAUGUUUAUUGUCCUAUAAGUGGCACUAUUUAAUAUUAGACGAAGGUCAUAAAAUAAGAAAUCCUGAGACGCAAGUAAGUAAAUUAGUGAAAAAAUUUCAAACUCCUCAUAAGAUAUUGAUCACUGGAUCACCAAUGCAAAAUAACUUGCAAGAACUUUGGUCCUUAUUUGAUUUCAUGAGGCCAGGCCUUCUAGGAACACAUAAGGCCUUUAUGGAACAUUUUGCUGCACCCAUUACACAAGGUGGAUAUGCAAACGCCACAGAAUUUCAGGAAGCAACUGCUUUGGAAAUAGCCAAAGCCCUCAAAAAUAUGAUAACACCUUACUUAUUAAGACGGACUAAAGCAGAAGUGCAGGAACAUAUUAAAUUACCUGAAAAAAAUGAACAAGUUUUGUUCUGUGCUUUAACUCAAGAACAGAAAGACUUAUACAUGGGAUAUUUAACAAGUACAAUGGUUAGAAGCAUUCUUGAUAAAGAGAGCAGAUAUGGGGAUCCACUUAGAGCACGAGUACUUAUUGCUUUAUCUACUUUGAGAAAAAUUUGCAAUCAUCCUGAUAUAUAUUUGUAUGAGGCUCAUGAAGAUGGUGAUGAAGUUAAUGAAGAAACUUUUGGACAUUGGAAGAGGUCUGGUAAAAUGAUUGUUGUUCAAUCUCUGUUAAAAAUAUGGCAAAAGCAAGGCCACAGAACUUUAAUAUUUUCUCAAUCCAGGGCAAUGUUGUGCAUUUUGGAACAACAUUUACAAAAUAAUGACUAUAAAUAUCUUAAAAUGGAUGGUUCAGUGAGUGUUAGUUUAAGGCAGAGUUUAAUUAAAUCAUUUAAUGAAAACAAAGAAUAUCUAGUUUUUCUUGCAACAACAAGAGUAGGUGGUUUAGGUGUAAAUCUUACUGGGGCUGACAGAGUUAUCAUAUAUGAUCCUGAUUGGAACCCAGCUACAGACAAUCAGGCAAAAGAAAGGGCAUGGAGAAUUGGCCAAGAAAGAAAUGUAACUGUGUAUAGACUACUCUCAGCAGGUACUAUUGAAGAAAAGAUUUAUCAGAGGCAAAUAUUCAAAAAUUUUUUAAGUAGCAAAGUUUUAAUUGAUCCAAAUCAAAAGAAUGUUCUAACUACCAGUACCUUACAAGGACUCUUUACCUUAGAAGAACCAAAUUUUGAAGGAGACACAGAGACUGCUUCACUUUUCAAACAUACUAAAGUUAAACUUAAUAAGAAAUUAAAAAAAGAAGGUGAUAAAAUACAUUUAAGUGGCAGUGUAACAUAUUCAAAAAAGAAAUUGGAGGCAAUGAAGAGACUUGCAAAACAAAUUAGUAAAAAAAUAUCCAGUGAAAAUGUUUCACUAACAACAAAUGAAGAUCCACGAGAAAGAUAUAAACAGAAAAGGCAUUUGCUCUUAAAUCCACCAAAAAUUGAAAACUUGCCUGAGAUUAAUUUAAUAGAUGACAAAGUAACUAAUGUUCCAUUUGAAAGUGCACUAUCUGAGUUAGACAUUGUCAACAUGCAUGUAAAGGAAAAUUAUGAAGAGAACUUGUUGAAAGAAGUAUUAAACAACCAAGAUGAAAAAACAACACUAGAAGAACAACAAGUGGACAAUGUCAAAAUUCAAGAUACUGAUAUGGCUAAUGAUAAAGAAAUUGAAGUGGAAUUAACUCAAACUAUAGCCAUUUCAUUGCCAGAGGUUGAUCAUUUUGAAAACCCAAAUACUGAUCAUAUUAAAAUCUCAAAUAAUGAUCAUGUUGAAAAUAUAAAUACUGAACAUAUUGGAAACCCAAAUACUUAUAAAAGACGACUUUCCACGUCGCCAGUCCGAGAUGAUGUAAUUGAGAAUCUUGUAGCUAUUAAAAAAGUUAAAAAGAAAAAGCUAAAGCAUGAAAAAGAUAUAAAUGAUGAUGACUAUGUUUUAAAGAAACUUUUUGCAAAGUCUACAGUUAAAAAUGCUUUACACCAUGAUGUGGUUAUGGGGUUGGCUGAAAAAGAAAAACGUUACAGGAUUAAAGAGGAAGCUACAAAGAGAGCAAAAAAGGCUGUAAAAGCCAUAAAACAAUCAGCUAAAAUUAAUUCGUAA